AUGAUGGACGACGUAACUGGGUCACUGGUUUCGAUAGCGACGACUACUCUUGUCGCUGCUAGCGGUCUCGCCUCGUAUUCCGGCACGGCUCUCCCAACUCCUUCUUCGGAUUUACACACACUAUACUACCAUGGAGUAUCCCCUGCAGACCAAGGGAGAGAUCCAAAUGGGGAAGAUGGGGGAGAAUGCAAGUUACUGGGUCCGUUCUCUGUGUUUGUGCAGGUUGCCCUUGGUGGGCUUGCAUUAUUAUCACUCGUUUUCAAGAGGUGGAGAGAACGACCACAACGCCCGAUAAAGGUGUGGGCUUUCGAUGUUUCGAAACAAGUCUUUGGGUCGGUGAUGCUCCAUAUGCUGAAUCUGCUCUUGUCCAUGUUUUCAGCGGGCCAACUGGAGAUUCGGAAUGCAUAUAAGCCGAACCCGUGCUCUUUCUACCUGCUCAACCUGGGAAUCGAUACUACCCUCGGUAUCCCCAUUCUGAUCCUCAUCCUCCGUGUUCUAAACUUCCUAGCGUCUUAUACAAUUCUUGCCAACCCCCCAGAAUCGAUCGAGUCAGGAAACUAUGGCCAGCCUCCACGUGCGACGUGGUGGUUCAAGCAGGCCAUCAUAUACUUCGUGGGAUUAAUCAGCAUGAAGAUUUGCGUUUUCUUCCUUAUUCAGCUCCUGCCUUUCAUCGUCAAGAUCGGCGACUGGGCUCUACGAUGGACAGAAGGUAACACUGCUGUUCAGAUUUUCUUCGUGAUGCUCCUCUUCCCAGUCAUCAUGAACGCCAUUCAAUAUUAUAUCAUUGAUAUAUUCAUCAAGAAGCCGAUUUCCCAGUACGCCAUGGAUGACGAACAUGGUGAUACUGCCACGGACGACGAUGCCCUUCGCCGGGAGGCUCUUCUUGAUGGUCUAGAUGGAUCGUAUUCGACCGAUUCUGAUGAUGACACACCUGGAAAAUCACAAGGUACUGUCUCUCAUCCAAAGGCAGCCGCAAAUGCUCUUCAUGAGUCGGAGCAACUACUCACCGAGGACCAUUCUCCUGUUCCUCCAUAUGAACCCAUUAGCUCAAGUAGUAGCUCCAAUGAGCACGAUGCUAAGCCUCAUUCAACUCACUACUAA